CAGAAAAAUCUGAUGUCAGUUGUCACACGUGUUUCUGUGUUAUGGAUUUAGAAAAUAUUUGGAAAAAAUGAUUGAAAAUGUGCUAGAAAGUUUUGCAGAAAGCUUAUUUUUAUUCUUAUCUGGUCAACCAAAAGAUGUAAGAAGUCUUUUAGUAAAGAAACAUCAAGAUAAUUUACAGACACACGGUGACUUUAGUUUUCCUAACUCCGUGAAAUCCUGGCAUGAAUUUGCCAAUUGUGAUGAAGUGGGCAAUAAAGAGGACACGCUAUUGCAAGUGAUCCGUAAAGACUGUGGAGACAUAGUUGAGGAAUCUAAAAAGUGGACGUUGCAAGUGAACAAAUUGAAGGAAGAUAAUGGUCGUAUUUAUUUGUUUUUGGAACGACCGAAGACGAUUUGUGUAGGUUUAUCGGAGGCGUUGCGGAAUAUUGCGGUGUUAGCUCAGAAGUUACAUGAAGCCGAAUCUGUAGUCCAAUUAGAUCCUUGCUGUGUGGAACAAUGUGAUUUGACCUCCUUACGUGCGAAAUAUGUUAGCAAUGUCAUCAAUAACUUGUGUGCUUUGAAUAAAGUGGACUCGAAAAUAUUUGUUACGACAAAGUCUUCCAGCAAUAGAGAAGGGUAUCAUAGAGUACUAUGUGGGACUGUCUUGAACUCCAAAACUGGAGCUAAAGAAACUGAAAUAAGUUCAGAUGACUAUAUUAGGUUAAGACAAGAUGAGAUGACACUGAUAGCCCAACACAAGUAUGGAGUAAGAGUGUCCACAGAUUCAAAAUGGAAGGAGUUUAUAGCUCACUUGGGUGAAUCAGCCGCAGCCUUUGAGUUACUGCAGACAAAGCCUAGCAGUCCAGUCAAAAUUAACUUUGAUUGUUCUUCUGUUGGGUCUAGUAAAGGAGCAUCAUUCAUAUUGUACAAUUGUGCUCGUUUGGAGACAAUCAUAAGGACAUACAAUGAUAAAGUUUGUGAUAAUACAUAUCCGGAAUUACCAUCUUUUGAUGAUGUGGACUUUUCUUUGCUAAUACUAGAGGAUGAAUGGCAUUUAAUAUUCAACUACAUACUUAGUUUACCAAACCUUUUGAGAAGCUGUGUGGAGCAAAACAAGCAAUCUUGUGACUUCAGACCGCACCACAUUUGUAGUUUUCUCUGCUCGAUGGUCAGAGUAUUCAGUCAAUAUUACAGAAAAACAAGAAUAUUGGUGGAGCCCAGAAAACAUCUGCUUCCAGUAAUAUUCGCUAGGAUUCACAUGCUGAAAAUAUUAAAUGAAACACUCAAGACAUGUUUGAAUAUUUUAAAUAUUAAAAGUGUUUCCCAAAUGUGAA